UCCAUUCAAUGUCUCAUCGCCAUUAACGCAAACACCUUGCGCUCCCUCGCUGUUCCUCAUGUUCCUCUCUACACUCCCAUAGAUUUUCAUUGCUCUUUGCGUCUCUUUCACCGUCUCUUCAAUCCUCCGGCAGGGUUUGGGAUAAACAAAUUGUCAUCCAUGUCUUCUGUUGGCAAAUCGACGAAUAUCUUCUGGCAAGAAUGUUCGGUGGGGAAGAGUGAUAGGGAGAAGCUGCUUAAGCAAAAAGGAUGUGUUGUUUGGAUUACAGGACUCAGUGGGUCAGGGAAAAGCACGCUAGCAUGCACAUUAGGUCGUGAGUUACACAAUAGGGGAAAGCUUUCAUACAUUCUUGAUGGCGACAAUCUUAGACAUGGGUUGAAUAAGGAUCUUGGCUUUAAAGCUGAAGACCGUGCAGAAAACAUACGCAGGGUUGGUGAGGUUGCAAAGCUUUUUGCCGAUGCGGGUUUAAUCUGCAUUGCCAGUUUGAUCUCUCCGUACAGGAAAGAUAGGGAUAGUUGCCGUGCACUGCUGUCAGAUAAAAGUUUUAUUGAAGUAUAUAUGAAUAUGCCUCUGGAUCUAUGUGAGUCAAGAGAUCCAAAAGGGCUUUACAAACUUGCUCGUGCUGGAAAGAUCAAGGGUUUUACUGGAAUAGACGACCCAUAUGAGCCACCUUUGAAUUGCGAGAUAGAGAUACAACAACAAGAUGGGAUUUGUCCCAGUCCCUGUGUGAUGGCCGGACAAGUUGUAACUUACUUGGAAGAGAAAGGCUUUCUUCAUGCAUAACCUAUCAAAUGUCCGAGUAACUCAUAUAUUUGAAAUUCUAACCAUUGAAUCUGUUCCAUUUUAAUAGUAUCAAGAUCAAGAACAAGCAUGAACCAUUCGUUUUUUUUUUUUUUAUUCAUAAGUGAUUGUUCUGCAGUCCUUUUACCUCUUCUCUCAUGUUAAGCAUGCAGAGUUUUUUUUGUAGCUACAGUUAUACUUAAAUGAUCAAGUGUAUCUCUACAUUUCCAUGCAGAA